AUGAAACGUCCAGAGAAUCUGGCUACGGCAAAUAGCGGGGUGACAAUUGCCAAGAUGGGAGAAGGGUACGCCGAACUUCCACAAGAAGAAGCUGAAUGUGGCAGGCGGGAGCGGCUAGCGAUCCUUGUAACCAACCUUGAGGAAGACAUGCUUUCCUACGUGCCGAUCAUGCACGUCCGACCGGGCAGCGGUACAGGGAGACCAUGGUCAUGUUACAUUUGCGCUUCCUCCCUGCAAAAACACACCGCAGAACUAAGUUUUGCUGAAUAA